GGAGGAGGAGGCCCUGUCCUCUCGUCCAAAUCCCAUGUCUUCCACCUUCUCUACCAUCCCACAGACAAGAGAGCUUUCACUUUCACAGCCCUCCAUGCCACCAACACCGCCUCACAUAGCCGUCGUUCCAUCGCCGGGGCUGAGUCACCUCAUAUCUCUCGGCGAGUUCUCCCGGCGACUCGUCCGCCGCUUCAACUUCUCUGUCACCAUCAUCAUCCCAACCAACGCCCCCCCUUCCAAAGUCCAGGACGCUUUUCUCGCCUCGCUCCCUUCCGCCAUUUCCCACCUUCUUCUUCCCCCCGUCUGCUUGGCCGAUUUGCCUCCCGCCGCCGGCCUCGUCACCAGAAUCUCCGUAACCAUGGCUCGCUCAAUCCCUUCUCUUUAUGACGCCCUCAAGGACCUCGCCGCCAGCGCAAACCUCGCCGCUAUGGUGGUUGACAUCUUCGGCGCAGACACCUUUGCCAUGGCCAGAGAAUUCAAAUCACCUCCUUAUAUCUACUUCUUAUCCACUGCCAUGUUAUUGUCCCUUUUGUUUCACUUGCAUACACUAGACAAAACCGUUUCUUGUGAGUUCGGAGAGCUGGCUGAACCAGUUCAAAUCCCGGGUUGCAUACCGGUCCAUGGAAAAGAUCUUGUCUACUCGGUUCAGGACCGGAAGAGCGAAGCUUACAAAUGGUAUCUUCACCAUGCCGAGCUGUACGCUACGGCUGAGGGUGUCAUAGUCAACACCUUCACGGACUUGGAGCCUGGGCCAAUCAAGGCUUUGCAAAAAAUCGGCAAGCCUCCGAUUUACACGGUCGGACCCAUCAUCCAGAUGGAACUCCACGAGCCAAAAGGUCCAACCGAGUGCUUGAAAUGGCUCGAUGAUCAACCAAGUGGGUCUGUGUUGUUUGUUUCAUUUGGGUCUGGAGGAAGACUCUCUCACGAUCAGGUUAUCGAGCUCGCGCUUGGUCUUGAACUCAGCGAGCAGAGAUUUCUAUGGGUGGCAAAACCGCCGGAUAAGACCGCCGAAGGUGGAUACUUCACCGUUGAAACCCAGGGUGAAAUGUUGCCUUUCCUGCCAAAAGGGUUCGUCGAAAGAACCGAAGGCCGAAGCCUGGUGAUCUCCACUUGGGCGCCGCAAGUGAAAGUUCUUGGACAUGGAUCUACCGGCGGGUUCUUAACCCACUGUGGCUGGAACUCGAUUCUCGAGAACAUUGUGCAUGGAAAUGGCGUGCCGUUUGUCGCUUGGCCGCUGUUCGCCGAGCAAAAUAUGAACGCUGCGCUUGUGACAGAUGGCCUAAAAGUGGGGCUGAGGCCGACGGCUGGCGAGAAUGGGGUGGUGGGACGGGAAGAGAUUGCGAGGAUUGUGAAGAUUGUGAUGGCCGGAGAUCAGGCCCAGACCUUCCGGCGGAGAAUUAAGGGGCUGAAGAGCUCGGCUUUGAAGACUUUGAGUGAAGAUGGUGACUCUGAUAAAGCCCUGUGCGAGGUUGCCAAGAAGUGGAUGCACGAGUAGCAGAACGGCAAUUUUCUUAAAGAAUAAUGAUAGACGAACGUAAAGUUGGACAAAUAAGUAAACAAUUGGUUGAAAAUUACAAUAUUAACCUUUUGUGUAAA